AAAUCAUCUUCGGAAAAAAUGUUUCUUCUUCUUCAUUCGCUGUCUCUUAAUUCCAACAGUUAAAAGCAAAAAAAAUCCCAUCUAAAAUCGUUGAUCUAAUCCAUUUUUUUCACCAACCCUAAUUUUGCAGAGCCCUUCUGCCCAAAUCCCCAAUUUUCUCUUUCUAUCUCUCGUGGGUCUUACUUCUAGAUCUGCCAUUUUUGAAUUCCCGCUUCUCUUUUUGUUAUCCUGUUAUUGAUGAAGCGAUUUGGCAGAGUUUUGCGUCGAUUUCUGUUGUAAUCAGGGCUUAUUCGUUUCAAUUUCUGUGUUCUUGUACACCCAAUUGGUUUUCUAGAGAGGAGGUGUCCACUAUUUAAAUCCAAAUUCUGGUAUAAGUAUUUCAAAUUUUAGCUGCUUUUUGUAUAUCUAUGUAUUUGUUGUGUGUUUACACACUCGCAGAGGCAAAUAUCGGGGGGAGUUUCAAGUAGGAACCGAGUGAAGGUGGGAGUGGGUGAUGGAGGGCAAUUCUGGCGGAGGGGGAGUGGGAAUUGGGGGAACGACGGCGGGUGCUGUUGCGGCGGUGGGAGGAGUAGCCGGCGGCGGCGGCGGAGGGAAUGACGUGGAGCUGAUGUGCAAAACGCUGCAGGUGGAGCACAAGCUGUUCUACUUCGAUCUGAAGGAAAAUCCCAGAGGCCGAUAUCUGAAGAUUUCGGAGAAGACAUCGGCUACAAGGUCAACCAUCAUCGUUCCCUUCUCUGGGAUUCCAUGGUUCUUAGAUCUCUUCAAUUACUAUAUCAAUUCUGAUGAUCCGGAGGUUUUUAGCAAGGAAUUGCAGCUCGACACAAAGGUGUUUUACUUCGACAUUGGCGAAAAUAGGAGGGGUCGCUUCUUGAAGGUAUCUGAAGCUUCUGUCAGUAGAAACCGCAGCACCAUUAUCGUUCCGGCCGGAAGCAACCGGGACGAGGGAUGGACUGCAUUCAGAAACAUUUUGGCAGAGAUCAAUGAAGCAUCUAGGCUUUUCAUUCUGCCGAAUCAGGAAAAUUCUGAACACUCGGAACGUAUCGUCGGGCUUUCUGACGAUGUAGGUGCUGGCUUCAUAUCAGGACAUAGUAGUCAAUCCGGGCCAAACUCUGACUUGAACGUUGACAGACAAGUAGACUUGUCAGCUCAAGAUGACAUGGGCAAUCUGGGGGUGUCAAAAGUGAUCAGAGCUGAUCAGAAGAGAUUCUUUUUCGAUUUGGGAAGUAACAACCGAGGUCAUUUCUUGAGGAUAUCUGAGGUUGCAGGGGCAGAUCGUUCUUCGAUCAUUCUCCCAUUGUCGGGGCUAAAGCAGUUCUACGAAAUAGUGGGACAUUUCGUGGAGAUCACCAAGGACAGAAUUGAAGGUAUGACAGGCGUGAACGUUAGGACCGUGGAUCCGCCUCAGAGAUGAAUUAUAUACGCCCCGGGGGCUCGUGGUGGGUAAAAUAAUUCCUUCUUUUAAUGUUUGUGUAGAUCGACAUGCAGGCAGAUGGUCGAGUAGGGUUGAAAUUGUGCUGGGUGUGGUUUGAUAUUUUGUUUCAUCUUGAUUUUCUAGUUCAAAGUAUGAAUAAUCCAUCCUGCUAGAUUAGCAGAGCAUAUGGAAAUGCUUGAGAAGCUCAAUUCUUCUUCUUCUUCUUCCAUGAAUAACAAAAAGAGAGGGGAAAGAGAUGGCUUGUAAUUGUCACUUUUAUAAUAAUGUAAUGGUGAGUUCAGGUGUGUUUUGUCCAUUCCAGUUCCCAAUCACUAAUGGACUUUAACUUUCAUUUCCAGCCUUCUUUUGGCUUUGUAGAACACUUCACAGCCUGUUACUGUGGCUUUUGGAGAAAGGGUUUCAACUUUAGGAUUUUUCAAAAGCUGUAGAAUGAAAUGUGGAUAACUUUUUUAUCU